AUGUCUGUUCGAAGAAUAGCCCAAACGAAGAGCUUAAUCUUGUUGUAUGGAGCAGGAGUAUCCGUGGCCGCUGGGAUUGAGCCUUUUGAGAGGCACAAUGAUACGGAAUCGAGAAGGAAAUGGGACUGGAACAUCGCUUUCGGUGCAGGUCCCGCUGAAGAGAACGAGUGGCUAGAAUGGGCCGCGAGUGAACAGAGGAGACUUUUCCAAUGCGAACCGACGAAAUUUCAUCGAUGGCUGAAUCUUGAAAAGUCAGGAAGAAUAAAAUCUAUUUUUUCCAUGAACAUGGAUGGGCUCGAAAUAAAAUCAGGCCUCAUUCCUAAUGUUCAUUACUAUCCAGUGCGUUUGCCCCAGAUAUAG